AUGGCCGCACCAUCAAACAAGCCCAGCGACAAGCCCGCUGCCGAAGCCUCCAAGGAGCAGCCCCAGGCGCAGCAGAAGCCGGCUACCGCGUUGGAAGAGGACGACGAAUUCGAGGACUUCCCCGUAGAAGACUGGCCGGCAGAGGAGACCGAAGCAGCAGCAACAGCAGUGACAGGAGGCAACGGUACCACGACACAGCACCUAUGGGAGGAGAGCUGGGACGACGACGACACCUCCGACGACUUUUCCGCACAACUAAGAGAGGAACUCAAGAAAGUCGAAGCCUCGAAGCGAAGAUGA